UAUUCACAACCACACGGGGUCCUGAAUGUAGAUUUUACCGCAGUGCAUGCUGGGUCCUUCCUUUCCAUCCCAGGCUCGCUUCUGCAAUCAUGGGAAAGUGUCGUGGUUUGCGUACCGCCAGGAAGCUCCGCAAUCACCGCCGUGAGCAGAAAUGGCAUGACAAGCAGUACAAGAAGGCCCAUCUGGGCACAGCUCUGAAGGCUAACCCCUUCGGAGGAGCUUCUCAUGCCAAGGGAAUCGUCCUCGAGAAAGUUGGUGUGGAGGCCAAGCAGCCCAACUCUGCCAUCAGGAAGUGCGUGAGAGUUCAGCUCAUCAAGAACGGCAAGAAGAUCACAGCCUUCGUCCCCAACGACGGUUGCCUCAACUUUAUUGAGGAGAACGACGAAGUUCUGGUGGCCGGUUUCGGACGUAAAGGUCACGCCGUGGGUGACAUUCCUGGAGUUCGUUUCAAGGUGGUCAAGGUGGCCAACGUGUCUCUGCUGGCGCUGAUCUGGGAGUCACAGAAGUCCUGGGAAGAACCCAUAAAGCUCCGGUUUCAGUCUUCCCACAACAACAAGAAGUUUGAAACAGCGGGGACAACACAAAACCACAAGAAACGUGCUGCUGACCCAAACGUUCGGCCUUUUGAACAGAGUGAGAACCAGAUGGAGUUUGGUGGACAGGGACUGGAGGAUGACGAUGACGAUGACUGCGACGCGGCCACACAGUUCAUGAUCGAACAAAGUCUGCUGGAGAGCAGCAAACAGAAGGAAACUCCCCGAGACCCAGCGGCUCAGGAUGACCGGAGCGCUAAACCAAAGUCAGAGGGCAUCGAUGAGAUCUUCACUGCUAUAAAACAAGGUAAUGAGCCUCUCCUGAGAGAGCUGUGCGCCGGCCAGAAGGACGGGUUCCUGCGGACGGACGCCCGCGGCUGGACGCCCCUGCACGAGGCGGCGGCCCAGACCAACCCCGCUGUCCUGGAGCUCACGUUCGCCUCGGGCCCGGGGUCGGCCGAGGGCCGCACCCCCGAGGGCCGGACGCCGCUCUACCUGGCGGUGGAGCGAGGCCUGAUGGAGAACGCCGCCUUCCUCCUGGCUCACGGAGCUCUGCCGGACGCCCACGACCUGGAGCAGGACUCCCCGCUGUUCGUAGCCAUUCGCUCAGACCGGGUGGACCUGGUGGAGCUGCUGCUCCGGCGGGGCUCCAGGGUGAACCAGGACGGCUGCCACGGCCGCUGCCCGCUCCACGAGGCCUCGCGGCUGGGCAACGCCGGGCUGGUGACCCUGCUGCUGGAGGCCGGCGCGCGGCCGGACCCCCGCAGCAACUACGGCCUGACCCCGCUGGCCCUGGCCGCUCAGGGGGGGCACCUGGAGGUGGUGGAGAUCCUCCUGAGGAGAGGCGCAGACGUGCUCUCCCAGGCCCAGGACGAGGCCUCCGUCCUGCACGAGGCGUGUGCCCUGGGGGACCCCGCCCUCAUCAGCCUGCUGCUGGAGCACGGCGCCGACGCCAACGUGGCCACGCACACCGGCCACAUGCCCAUCCACCGGGCAGCACACCACGGACACCUCCAAGCGCUGAGGCUACUGCUGCCGGUCACCACCAAAGCGGACGUGCAGGACAGCGGGAUGAGUCCCCUCCACUCCGCCGCCGCCGGGGGACACACAGACUGCAUCAAGGCCCUGCUGGAUGAGGGUUACGACCCCAACUUCAUGCUGGAUCCCUGGAUCCGCCACAGCUAUCACGACGAGAGGAAGUCGGCUCUCUUCUUCGCCGUCUCCAAUAACGACCUGGCGUCAGCCAAACUGCUGCUGGAGUCCGGAGCCAUGGCCAAUCAGGACCCCAUCAAAUGUCUGCAGGUCGCCCUGCGUUUCGGCAACUACGAGUUGAUCAACCUGUUGCUGCGUCACGGAGCCAACGUCAACUACUUCUGCAAGAUAAACACCACGCACUUCCCCUCAGCGCUGCAGUAUGCUCUCAAAGACGAGGUGGUUCUCAGGAUGCUGUGCAACUUUGGCUACGAUGUGGAGCGCUGCUUCGACUGUCCCUAUGGCAACGGCUCCCACAUCCCCGAGGACUUCGAGGGAUGGACCUGCUCUGUGAUCAAAGAUACGAUGUUCUGCGAGGUCAUCACCGUCUACUGGCUCAAAGACCUGUCGGGUUUCGUGGUUCGCGUCCUGCUGGACUACGUGGAUCACGUGACCCUGUGCUCCAAGCUGAAGGCCGCCCUGAUGGACCAGAAGCAGUGGCCGGACAUCUGCGCAGUGCUCGAGAACGCCCGCUGCCUGCAGCAUCUGUGCCGGCUGCGGAUCCGCCGGAGCCUCGGCCGCCUCCGCCUCCGCUCGCCCGUCUUCAUGAGCUUCCUGCCUCUGCCCCAGCGGCUCAAGGAUUACGUCCAGUACCGGGAGUACGACCUGCUGGGCCAGAAGGGCCACGCUGAGGCCUCCAAAAGAGCGUAAAGAGUCUCAUCUGUUCUUAUUCUGAGGAAGUGUCCCUUUUCCCAUCAGAUAAAAAACCCUUUUGGUUGCUUAAAAGCCUCAUUUUCAUUACAAAUGCCAAAUUUCUAGCUCUCCUAAACCAAAUGAUCAAAGUUCCAACCACUACUCUGAGCAAAAUAACACAUAAGUGUACGUUUAAAAGUGCCAAUACUUCUUUCUGCAUAUUCAUUUGUAAAUGGUUUCAUGUUUACUUUGUUUACACAUGUACAGUCAAUUUUUUUUUCCAGUAAAAGUGAGAAAAAAAAUAGAAAGAAAUGCGAAAAGAUGAAUGUAUUCCAUGAAAGCUGGAUUUGUUUUUACAAUUCGAAUUAAAUUGGG